AUGCCCACGCUGAAACGCCUGCGCAUUAAUACGUCUUUGCGGCGGCCCCUCCUGCAGGAGCACGAAAGCAAUGACAGUAGUGUUGCUCACAGCCACUCGCUACCGAUCAAAAAGACACAUACACACCCGCAGCCGCCGCCAAGGGCACAAGCCACUGAUGGCGAAGAUGGCAGCGUAUACUUCAUCGGCACGGCGACGACAGUCAUCGAGUGGUCUGGCAUGCGCAUCCUGACGGACCCGAAUUUCCUGCACGCCGGCGACCACGUGCACCUGGGCCCGGGGGUCACCGCGCAGCGCAGGACCAACCCGGCCGUCGAACUGGCCGAGCUGCCACCCGUGGAUCUGGUCCUGCUCAGCCACUACCACGAGGACCACUUUGACCGCGAGGUCGAGCGCAGGCUCAGCAGGGAUUUUCCCAUCGUCACGACACCGCAUGCGCGGAGGUGUUUGACGGACGGCAAGGAUAGGGGUGCUGGGGACGAAGGAGGUCCCUUCAGGGAGGUUCACGAGCUGGACUUUUGGGAGAGCCUCCUCGUACACGUCGACGGUGGUGCUGCUGCUGCUGUCGCCACCGCCACUGGACAUGAGGGAGUCGUCGGGGCUGUGGAAGAAUGGAAGAAGAAGCCCGUCGUCAAAGUCACUGGCAUGCCCGGGAAACACGUCCCGCCCGGUCCUCUGUCCGCGGCCAACGACCUGCUCUCAGCCGUGCCGCCGACCAACGGCUGGAUGCUGGAGUUGGGAUACCAACAGGGUGAUGCCGAAAAGGAAGGCGCCGCGGUGAAGAUGGGCUACCGCACCUACAUCUCGGGCGACACCUUGUUCGUAGACGAGCUAAAGGACAUUCCGCGCUGGCUAAAAGACGAGCGCAUCGAUCUGAUGCUGGUACACCUAGGCGGGACUACGAUACCGGGCCCGUCGAUGCCUUUGCUCAUGGUGACCAUGGACGCCGCGCAGGGCCUUCAGCUUAUGCGGCUCGUCAAUCCGGAUUUGACCAUUCCGAUCCAUUACGACGAUUAUUCUGUCUUCUUGUCGCCUCUGAGCGACUUCAAGGACAAGGUGAGCCACGACGGAUGGGACGAUAGGGUCGUCUAUCUCGACAGGGGCGAGAUAUUCAGAUUUCAUGCCAAAGCAUGA